AUGGAAAAUUUUAAGUCAAGAAGGAAUUCUCAUAGUUUGAAUAAUUUAUUAUCGAAUAGAUCUCAAGAACGCCCACCAAAAUUUGCAAGGAUGAAUAAAGCUAACGAAACCUUAAGAGACUGAAAAUCUUCUCGAGCUCCGCUGUUAAAUCAUAAAUAUGAUGUGAAGAAAAAAGCCAAAAAUGGAACUGCCUCAAUGCUGGAUAUUUUAGAACAGGAAGAAAAAUCUGAAUAUUCUGAUCAAAUAGUGUCUUCAGAAAAUGCAAGUGAAAUGAAUUUAGCGAAUGAUAAAAGUUUUCUGCCUUCAAUUACUUUGUGUGGGUUUUAUAAGCCUCAGCAAUAUCCUCUACACACUAUAUCCAGGCCUGCUGUAUUUAGCUCAAAGCUAGAAAUACAUGAAAAGCAAAAUAAUAGAGUGGAUAACUCACUCCUAUUGUUAUUGAUUAAUAAUUAUUUUAUUUAUGAUGAUAAAUUAAUUGCUGUUAGAUUUAAUCAAAGAAUUUUUAUUAAUAUAAAUUUUGACUAGCAGAAAUUUGCACUUUAAUCAAGGAGUUAGAAAAAUAUGCAAUUAUCCAACAAAAUAAUAAAAAUAACGAAACUGAGCUCGAAGAAAUUAUAAGAAAAAGAAUCACACUUCCCCCAAAUAAAUUUUCAAAAACAGUCAUCCUAGACCUCGAUGAAACCCUUGUCCACUGUUCAAAAUACAUUGAUAAAAAUGACAUCGUAAUAAAACUCAAGCUGCCAGAUUUUCCCACAGGACGUUUCGGAGUAAAAAUUCGUCCUCAUACAUCUGAGUUCCUACAAGAAAUAAGUCAAUUCUUCGAAGUCAUAAUAUUCACCGCUUCAACAGCUCUUUACGCUGAUCCAAUACUAGACUUAUUAGAUCCUGAGCACAAAUUUUUCACCCAAAGAUUUUACCGAGAAAGCUGCAUCCACAAAGGCCAUCUCAAAGUCAAAGACCUCCGAAUUUUUUCUAACAGAAACCUAAAAGAUUUAAUAAUCAUCGACAAUUCCUGAAACUCCAUUUCCAACCAAAAAUCCAAUGGAAUUUUAAUAACCAGCUGAUAUGGCGACUCAUCAGAUCACGAACUUCAAGACGUUCUUUCCUUUUUAAAAUAUCUAUGCAGCGUAAAAGACGUCCGUGAGUCCAUCAAGCUAGCCCCGAAGGCAUUUUCCAAGCACAAAGCGAGUAAAUCUUAUAAUAGUCUUUAG